AUGGCGAUGAUCCCAAGUGGUGCCCCUCGUGAUGCCGCGAUCACUAUCGGGCCUUUCAAGCCUUCUCGUCCCGGCUACGGGCCCGUACUAUCCUAUCUCCAAGCUGCUCAGCUAGAGACACCACUCAAGAUCCAUCCUUUGCUCAAUCUGCGUACUUGGGACCCGAAACCGUACGGCAAGUACCUCGCUUGGAACUGUAUCGAGCACCCGAUGUUUGCUGCUAUCUGGGUCGACUACGACGAUACCGAGACUGAGUGGAUCAAAGAACGGGGUCAACCAGCCACAUCGCCGAUCGUCGAGGAGAUCAAUUUGGGGCAUGUGGAGACCGGGUGGUGUGUCAGAGUGAGAAAUAGGAUGGGCAUCACAUGCGAGGAUGUCCUUUUUGCCAUCUACGACUUCUUCGCUUCGCCAUUAUACGUCGAUGAGUUGGGGGAAAUGCACCCUCGCGCAGUGAGAAUCAUGGAGCAGCAAUACUUCGAGAAGCGCAGAAUGGGAUUCUUUGACUUGAUGGAGGGGUACCGCAAAUCCGACGCACUGCUUGGCAUGACUUACUUUGAGGGCUUGCACAAUGACCCGGAAUCCGUCGAACGGCUGAAGAACAAGUACAACUACCACUCCUCCAAUCUCCUCAUGCUCAAACUUGGGACGUCAUGA